AUGAGGAUCUGGUGGCUCCUGCUGGCGGUGGGAGCGUAUGUGAAGAGCGUGCGCUCACAGGAUACUUGCCGGCAAGGGCACCCUGGCAUCCCUGGGAAUCCAGGUCACAAUGGCCUGCCUGGAAGAGAUGGAAGAGACGGCACCAAGGGUGACAAAGGGGACACAGGAGAACCAGGACAUCCUGGGGGCCCAGGGAAGGAUGGAAGGAGUGGCGAGAAAGGUGAAAGAGGAGCAGAUGGAAGAGUCGAUGGAAAAGGAGUCAAAGGUGACCCAGGCUCCAGAGGACCCCCAGGGAAGCACGGCCCAAAGGGAUCUCUUGGUCCCAUGGGAGAGCAAGGGCCCCAAGGAGAGACUGGCCCUCAGGGGCAGAAAGGGGAUAAAGGUGAUGUGGGUCCCAGUGGUCCAGAAGGACUAAGAGGCACUGCUGGACCUUCAGGCCCCCAGGGCUUACCUGGCCCCAUAGGCCCUAUUGGUAAGCCAGGUCCCAGGGGAGAAGCUGGACCCAUAGGGCCCCAGGGUGAGCCAGGAGUCCGAGGAGUGAGAGGCUGGAAAGGAGACAGAGGAGAGAAAGGGAAAAUCGGCGAGACUCCGGUCUUGCCCAAGAGUGCAUUCACCGUGGGGCUGACAGUGCUGAGCAAGUUCCCGGCACCGGAUGUGCCCAUUCAAUUCGAUAAGAUCCUGUACAACGAAUUCAACCACUACAACGUGGCCACAGGGAAAUUCACCUGCCACGUGGCUGGUGUCUAUUAUUUCACCUACCACAUCACUGUUUUCUCCAGAAAUGUGCAGGUAUCUUUGGUCAAAAAUGGGGUAAAGAUCCUUCAUACCAAGGAUGGUUAUAUGAGCUCUGAGGACCAGGCCUCAGGGGGCAUCGUGCUGGCGCUGAAGCUUGGGGAUGAGCUGUGGAUGCAGGUGACAGGAGGGGAGAGGUUCAAUGGCUUGUUUGCUGAUGAGGACGACGACACCACGUUCACGGGCUUCCUCCUGUUCAGCAGCUCAUGA